AAAAUCAACCGGACCCCUUCGGAUGAGGAAUGCUUCUUUGACCUGUUGAGCAAGUUCCAGAGCAACCGGAUGGAUGAUCAGCGCUGCCCGUUGGAAGAAUGCCCAUCGGAGGCUGCAGAGGCAGCUGCCACACCGGUCCCUGCCCUGGAAGAACGGAUAU